AUGGACGGAAUCACUCCCCUCUCCAUGAUCUACGAUCCUCCUGAAAUCCGUACCACUCAGAUUCGAGAGGUGAUGCCUGUAAGUCCAUUUUCACGCAUAAGAUCCAUCAUCUUGACGUCGCUAUCGCGCGCUACGCCAAACGAGCGGCUACGAGUUCGGCCGAUGAUCGGAUCGUUGGUGCUUCUCCUAGCAACAAUAGCCUUAACGCAUGCGACUGCUUUAUCCAUCAACAAUGGAGUCAAAGGUCAGCCCAAUAUUUCCUGUGGAACACGAACGGUUACAGUCACUAUUGAAACCGAAAGACAAUUUUUCGGGAGCAUCUACGUAAAGGGGUUCUUUAACCAUCCCGCUUGUCGGCUCGGAGGUAACUCGACCACGUCGAUGACGAUUGAUGUCCCAGUUGCAUCAACAUGCGGUAUGCGAAGGAGAAGAGUAGCGAAUCCACGAGGUCUCGUCCUGGACACGACGAUCGUGGUGAUGUUCCAUCCGAUAUUCAUGACCCAAGUUGACAAAGCUUAUCAUAUUCAAUGCAACUACAUGGAAAGUAAUAAAGAGGUUACGCAAGCAUUGGAUGUUAGCAUGCAAGCUCCUACUGAACUACCGCAAAGCACUGGCUUAAUGGAUGAUCGAAAAGCACCACUGUGUAGAUAUGAAGUACUUACCAAGGAUCAAAAUGGAUCUCCGGUAAUGUUUGCAACGAUCGGAGACAUUGUCUAUCACAAAUGGAGUUGCGACUCGGACGAUAGUGUGCAAUACUGUAUGACAGUUCAUUCAUGCACUGCAGAUGAUGGACAAGGCAUUGGGCAACAACUAAUCGAUGAAAAUGGAUGUUCACUCGACAACUUCUUGCUGAAGAAUCUCGACUACGGUGAUGAUCUCGUAGCUGGGCAAGUGGCGCACGUGUUCAAGUUUGCCGACAAGCCAACUAUUUUCUUUGCUUGCAUGAUACGGUUGGAGAUUAAAGAUGAUGCAAGCAGUCCUUGCAAGUCCAUCUACCUCGAUUCUUCCCAUGAUGUGAUCGGCCCAUCUAAGCUUCGCUUUCGAUAUAUAUUCCGCUGGGUCGCGAAGACGGGACUUGCUGUCGAAGCUGUGAAGACCGCGAAGAAGUUGUGUGCGCCGGAUAAACUUCAGAAGAGACCUCUCAAGGAGUCUGUGGACCAGAACAGACCAGGCAGAAAGGAAGAUGGGAUUAUAGAUAUCACAUCGACGGCAUCCGGUGAUGAUGAUUACCAAUUCGUUCGUUCACAGCGAGAUACGCGACAUGCACUCAACCUCGACGUCUCAGCUCCUUCGCUCGAAGUUAUCGACUUGCCUGAACUAGAUACAGAUGUUGACAAAUUGCGGAAUGAGUCGCCUUCACUUCGAGAAGUCAAGGUUGUCGCUACACCUUUCUGCAUGUGCAUCACUAUCGAUGUAGGAGUGGUGAUACCAAGAGGUAAUGUGUCCUAUGCUGGAAGUAUCGCAUAUGAGACGAGCGCAGCCGCUUUGGAAAUUGGACGAGAAGAAGUUCUCCGUCAGCAGUUAUUAGAUGGCCAUGAUUUCAGAUUUCUAUUCGCAUCCAGCAAUUGUUCCGAUGUCCAGGCUGUGGGUUCAGCUGCGAAACUAAUUUUAGAGCAAAAGAUUUUCGCCUUAAUUGGUCCAGCCUGCAAUUUAGCUGCCGUCGCUACGGCACCAUUAUCCACCUAUUUUAACGUACCAACGUACGUAUGGGGUUUAACGACGUCCAGUGCUAUUAACAUUAAGAAGUAUCCAUCAGUGAUAACAAUGACGACGACUGGAUCUCAUUCUAUGGAAAGGAAGUCCUGGUUCCUUCUGACUGCGAAAAUCUCCUGUGAAACAGUUACAAACAGGGAGUGCAGCAGUGCUGUUCACCAAGAAGAAAUGCAUACCUACAUGUGUGCCAUCUAA